AUGCUCAAACAUGAGCUGGAGAUUUCAGUUGAUCAAACGUACUUCUGGACAGACAGCAUGUCAGUUUUAAGAUACAUCGCCAAUGAUUCAAAGCGAUUCCGCACCUUUGUAGCAAAUAGGCUAUCAGUGAUUCAUGAAGGGUCAGUCCCAUCACAAUGGAAAUAUGUGGAUACUCAAAACAAUCCCGCAGACGAAGCAUCUCAAGGACUGUCAAUAGAUGCAUUUCUGAAAGAUACCAGAUGGAUAUCUGGACCAGAGUUCUUAUGGGAAAAUGAAGAAAUGUGGCCCCAACAGACACACAUUUCAACUGACAUUCCAAUGAAAGAUGUGGAAUUAAGGAAGGUUGCCCAGGUCAACCAGAUAGACUACAGAAAGCCAUGCAAAGAAGUAGAUAGCCUUAUCAGUCGCUAUUCGGACUGGUUUGCUCUGAAGAAGGCUAUUGCAUGGGUACUCAGGAUACGGGAAGUACUCCUAGACCGGAGUAAAAUGAAGAAGGCAGGUUUAACACCACAGAAAAGUAAGCCUGUCGUGUUGACAGUAAAAGAAUUGGAAGAAUCGGAGAAAGCCAUUAUUCUGUGUGUUCAACAGCAGAACUUUUCAAGUGAGCUUGAAAGACUUACCUCAAACAAUGGACUUAAUCUGAGCAAAGGCAGUCCAAUCUCCAAGCUUGAUCCAUUUGUAGAAGAUGGUAUACUUAGAGUGGGUGGAUGUUUAAGUAGGGCCAACAUGCCAGAGAGCGCGAUGUACCCAGUGAUUCUACCAAAGAAAUCUCAUGUGUAA